ACCUACUUGCUUGUGUUAGCCGUCAUAUAGCUGUCAAACUGAACUAAACAAUGGCAGUAUCGGCAAUUCAAAUUUCUUGUUUUGGAUAGUAAAUUAAUAAUUACGAUUAGUUAAAACAAUUUUAAAUACAAUUAGGCCUAAGUAUGUCCGAUGCUACAACCUCACGGGCGGAAACCUCCCUGACCGAAAAUCCAAAAACGACGGACCAAGCGGCCCUGGAACAAGAAGUUAAAGACUGGACGGAAUUUUUAAAAAUCGAAUAUGCCCAGUAUCAACAGCAUAAAAUUCUUAUGGAUGUGGUGGAGGAAUGCGUGGAGGACAGCAAUAACUUGGACAGCGAGCUGAGAGAGAAAAUUAAGAGUAUAAUAUUAAGCCAACGGGUGGCUCAAAUCAGACUUGAUAAUUCAUCUUGUGAUGAAACUAUUUUGGGAGUCCCACGGAACGUUACUGAGUUAACUUACUCAGAAGGCAAUAAGCUACAAAGCUGUCUAAAAACUAAACUCGAUAACAGGAGAGAUAAGUGCACAAGUGAUGUUGUUAAAAUUGAGUCCCCAUUUGAAUUGUCUUCUGAGGAUCAACAGUUAUUUGACCAGAGAAACCAGCUUAUUGCUGAGCACCAGGCGUACACAAAAAACCAAAUAGUAUUGCUAGAAUUGCUGGAGGACUUAAGAAAUCUAAAAACCAGUACAGUACCCACAGUAGCGGAUGAAAAAUACAAGGAAUACAGUUGUAAGAGUCACAUUAACAAUUUAAAAUCAGAACUUAUGAAAGACAAGUAUAGCAUAGACAUUUUUAUGGAGUCUAGCCACUCACUAAAAGCAUACAGAGAGGUUAUGGAAGAUAUGAAGAAACAAAAAGUGGAACUUCAAAGGGAAAUUGAAAGGUUAAAGGAUCUGAAGCAGAAAUAUGCCCAAGUGUCUUGUAAGGAAUAUGAUGAUAUUGUAAGAUCUUAUAGGCAAUAUAAGGUCUCCUUGGAGAAAAAGAAGCAAAUGUUGGAACUGUUUAAUAGUUAACAAUAAGUCUUAAAGUGUCUUGCUUGUAUAUAUUAUAUUCCUUUUAAAAAGAAAUAUUUAUCAAUAAUAAUAAGAUCUGCUUUUAAAGUUUAUUUAUUUUAAAUACAGUUUUGUAUAUAAGGAC